AUGCCUGCCGAACCGGAUAUCAAGAAAGAUAAGCAGGCCAGUGCUGCACAAGCACUUGAAGUCAUCGAUGUCUUCCAUGAGAUUUCAACGUUAUUGAACGCGGACCUCGAUCGCCAGACACUCUCAAUCUGCAUCUCGUUGAUCGAAAACGGCGUCAAUCCAGAAGCACUUGCGUCUGUCGUCAAGGAAUUGAGGAAGGAUGCGGAAGAGACAAGGAGGGAGAUUCACCUCGGUGAUCAAUGA